AUGCUAAGUGCCAAGUCUGUUUUGCGUAACUCCGCUAACCCGCUGCGCAGCUUCGUGCGCAUGAACUCUAACAAGGUUCAGGGCCAGGUGAUCGGUAUCGACCUGGGUACCACCAACUCUGCCGUCGCCCUCAUGGAAGGCAAGGUGCCCAAGAUCAUCGAGAACGCCGAAGGUGCCAGAACCACUCCAUCCGUGGUCGCUUUCACCAAGGACGGCGAGCGUCUGGUCGGUAUCCCCGCCAAGCGUCAGGCCGUGGUCAACCCCGAAAACACUCUGUUCGCCACCAAGCGUCUGAUCGGCCGUCGUUUCGAGGACAUCGAGGUCCAAAGAGACAUCAAGCAGGUGCCAUACAAGAUCGUCAAGCACAGCAACGGUGACGCCUGGCUCGAGGCCAGGGGCCAGACCUACUCGCCUGCGCAGAUCGGUGGUUUCGUCCUCAACAAGAUGAAGGAGACCGCCGAGGCCUACCUGGGCAAGAACGUCAAGAACGCCGUCGUCACCGUCCCCGCCUACUUCAACGACUCCCAGAGACAGGCCACCAAGGACGCCGGCCAGAUCGUCGGUCUGAACGUGCUGCGUGUUGUCAACGAGCCAACUGCCGCGGCCCUGGCCUACGGUCUGGAGAAAUCCGACUCCAAGGUCGUCGCCGUCUUCGACCUGGGUGGUGGUACUUUUGAUAUCUCCAUCCUGGACAUCGACAACGGUGUUUUCGAGGUCAAGUCCACCAACGGUGACACCCACCUGGGUGGUGAGGACUUCGACAUCUUCCUGCUAAGAGAGAUCGUCGCCAACUUCAAGAAGGAGUCCGGCAUCAACCUGGAGAACGACCGCAUGGCCAUCCAGAGAAUCAGAGAGGCCGCCGAGAAGGCCAAGAUCGAGCUGUCCUCCACCGUUUCCACCGAGGUCAACCUGCCUUUCAUCACCGCCGACGCCUCCGGUCCUAAGCACAUCAACAUGAAGUUCACCAGAGCUCAGUUCGAGUCUCUGACCGAGCCUUUGGUCAAGAGAACCGUCGACCCAGUCAAGAAGGCCCUCAAGGACGCCUCGCUCGCCACCUCCGACGUCUCCGACGUCAUCUUGGUCGGUGGUAUGUCCAGAAUGCCAAAGGUCGUCGAGACCGUCAAGUCCCUGUUCGGCAAGGAGCCUUCCAAGGCUGUCAACCCCGACGAGGCCGUCGCCAUCGGUGCCGCCAUCCAAGGUGCCGUUUUGGCCGGUGAGGUCACCGAUGUCUUGUUGCUUGACGUCACCCCAUUGUCCUUGGGUAUUGAGACCUUGGGCGGUGUCUUCACCAGAUUGAUUCCAAGAAACACCACCAUCCCAUCCAAGAAAUCUCAAAUUUUCUCUACCGCUGCUGCUGGCCAAACCUCGGUGGAAAUCAGAGUGUUCCAGGGUGAGAGAGAGCUUGUCAGAGACAACAAGCUAAUCGGCAACUUCACCUUGUCCGGUAUUCCUCCAGCUCCAAAGGGUGUUCCUCAAAUCGAGGUCUCCUUCGACAUUGACGCUGAUGGUAUCAUCAACGUCUCCGCCAGAGACAAGGCCUCCAACAAGGACGCCUCCAUCACCGUCGCCGGCUCCUCCGGUUUGUCUGACUCUGAGAUCGAGCAGAUGGUCAGCGACGCUGAGAAGUACAGAGAGCAGGACGAGGCCAGAAAGAGCGCUAUUGAGAGUGCCAACAAGGCCGACCAGCUGGCUAACGACACCGAGUCCUCUUUGAAGGAGUUCGAGGCCAAGGUUGACAAGGCCGAGGCCCAAAAGGUCAAGGACCAAAUCACUUCCUUGAGAGAGAUCGUUGCCAGAGUCCAAUCUGGUGAAGAGGUCAACGCUGAUGACUUGAAGACCAAGACCGAAGAGCUGCAGACUUCCUCCAUGAAGUUGUUCGAGCAGAUGUACAAGAACGACUCCUCGAACAACGCUAGCAGCGAGGGUGGCGAGCCUAAGCAGUAA